CGAACCCAUUCGCUCAUAGUAUCAGCCCACUGGCUGACCUGACAUACAGAUUCGCAUACACUCCUGUGGGGUCGACUUAGAAUGAAUGGCGAAAAAACCGUCGGUCAGUGCGAUCAUCCACUGUCAUCUCCUCCCAUGCCUCGUCUCAGCCUCAGUCAGUGUGCCAUCUUCCCCCCCUCAGCUUUCAACGGUAGUGUGUUCAGCAGCUCGCUGCUGCUGAUAAUCCUGUAGUAGCACGGUCCCUCAUCCGAGUAAAAGACGUCGCUCACCACACACUCCCGAUCCAGACCCACACUGCGGGCCAGCUGCACCUCCCCCGUGCUGCUCACAUAGUGGUACACCUCGGUCCUCUCGGCACGAAAGCCAUACACCGACCGCAGAAACCCUCCAAAAGGCAGGCCCUCACACUGCGGCGAUGGCUGUGCGUCUGACGCCGGCUGUGCGGGCAGACAGGCCAUGGCCGCGCGGCAGGUCGGGGCGAUGGUUGACCUGAACAGGUAUACGGGCUCGAUGGCCCCUGCUGCUGCCGGUGGUGAUGCAGCGGUCGGUGCGAGGAAUGUGGGUGGUGCGGGUGAGAGGGGCAGGAUGCCGAGAGUCGUCGAGCACGAUGGCGAGUCAGAGAAGACCAUAUACCGAUACUCUGUGGCCGUGCGGUGAUGGAACGAGGGCGUCCUCGAGGCGAGCUCUGCACACACAUACCAGUCACCAGCCAGCAAUGACCCCCACUUCAUCAUCGCUUUUCCACUAUCGUCCUCACUCACUUCUGUGCCACCCCUUGGCAGCGGCCCUUUUCCCCUGAUGCUGCCCAAACCAGGCAUACUCGACAAUGACAGUGAGGCAAAUGGCCAUGAUGGUGACGGGAAUGAGCAUUGGGAAGCAGGCCCUGAGGAGCAUGGCCCCGUGCAGCUUGGGCAGCGGCGGUGGCGGCCGCCGCUUGCGGUGGGCGGGCCACACCGUGGGGCUCAUGGGAGGGUGCCGCCCGUCGAAGGGAGAGGUGAUGGUGUAGGCCGCGAUUUGCAGGAGCUGCUUGGCUGUCAGACGACGACGCAUCACCAUCAAACAUCGAGGAACUGAAUCAAAGCGGCAGGAACGACAUAGAACAACAGC